AUGGAGUUUAAGCCAGAGAGGUUUUUGAAGGAUGAAACGUUUGAUAUUACGGGAAGUAAAGAGAUAAAGAUGAUGCCGUUUGGAGCUGGGAGGAGGAUUUGCCCUGGAUAUCAUUUAGCUUUGCUUCAUUUGGAAUAUUUUGUGGCUAAUUUGGUUUGGAAUUUUGAUUGGAAGGUUCCAAAGGGUGGAGAUGUGGAUCUGUCAGAAAAACAGGAGUUUACUAUGGUCAUGAAAAAUCCAUUGCAGGUUCAUAUUUCCCCUAGGAUCUAG